AUGGCGCUGCCGCUCUCGAUCCUGGCUUCUGCACUAAAUGAGGGGCCUGCAUCACUAAUACUCAAUGUACUACGUUUGGCCGCCCGGGUGCAGCUGGGCAUGUGGGGCGUUAGGGCCAUUAAAGCCCGAGGCUUCAGCUCCGAACGGUCAGACUCCGGUGCGGGCUUGAUCCGGGAGGCAGGUGGGGCCUUUGGUAAGAGAGAGCAAGCUGAAGAGGAACGAUACUUCCGAGCACGCACUAAUGAACAACUGGCAACCUUGAAGAAACACCAUGAAGAGGAAAUCACCCAUCAUAUAAACGAAAUUGAAUGUCUGCAGAAAGAAAUUGAGCAGCACAAGAAGAAGAUCAAACAUCUAAAACAUGAUGAUGAUGAUUAA